AACUGAGGAUAUCCGGGUAAUCCCAUCCAAGAAAAGAAUCAACAAGGAAGUUCUUAAUCAACAAACUUUCUUCUUGUCCUACAGACGCAGAUCUGAAAUAAUGUCUAAAACUCCGCUACCUGAUUAUAGCCAACUUGCGAGAUGGACUGUCAACGAUGUUUGUACAUGGCUUAUGGAGAAUAAGUUCGGGAAUUUUGUCUCCCAGUUUCGAGAACAUGGCAUUGAUGGUGGAAGAUUUGCAAGUUUGAAAGAUGUGGAUUUGUCACAAAUGAGAUGUCCGCUUAAUAAACGAACUGAUUUAAUUAAGUGCAUUAGGAAUAUUCCAAACAGAGACGUGUCGACACCAACUUUACACAAACCAGUGUCAACGUUUACACCUUCCAGGCCAAACGUUCAUUCACGAAUAGAGGCCAGGCAGCCACAACCACCACCACCAAGUAAUGACGUAGAGUCAGAAUCAGAUGACGAUUAUGAAGCAUGGGAUGAAUUCGAGAAUUUCGAUGAUUCAUCGUCGGACGUAGAUUACACAAAUGAGGACGAACAAAAGUCAUUAAAGAAACCAAAUUCAAGAAUUCCAGUGGAACCAACCGAACCCCAGGAGGAUUAUGCUAACUAUAGCCCUGAACACAGUGAUGAGGAUAGUAGCAGGAACGGACCCUCUAUAACUGAUUCCCUAAGGCACGCUCUAGAGCAGAGAAAUAAAGUAAACCAAAGUCACCAAAGACAAGAAAGACCUCCGCAGCCGGAAGAACCUGCCAUUCCACCAAGACCUGGGCGACCCGGAAGGGGAGUUGAGCGUCCACCACCACAAAUACCCCCGUCCUCUGGACCUCCCAGACCUGGAAGAAACCGCAGAGAACCGGCACCUCUACCAGAGCCAGAGGAGCAGCCUGCUUAUAUAGAAACGGAUGAUCCUUUGCUCAAUCAGCCGGACUAUGAGGUACCAGAGGAGAUGUCUUCACCUGCUCCAAAACUUCCAGCAUCCCGUCCCCCUAUGAAACCCCCUCUACCCGAAGUAGAUGAUCAGCCUACGUACGAAGAUCCCGAUGAAACAGACAAUGCACCAGCACCACCCCCUGGCAGAGGUGGUAAGCGGCUUCCUCCUAAGCCAGCUGAACCCCCACCCCCUGCAUCUGACUGGCCAGAGGAUGUCUAUGAAGAUCCAGAUAACGAACCCGACGUAGCCCCCGCUCCUAUACCUCAGAGAUCAAAGCCUAAAAUGCCACCUGUUCCUAAUCCCAACAAAAAUAUUCCAAACCUAGCCAGAACAGUAUCAGAGCCCGAUAUGCCGGCCCCACCCCCUCCUCGAGGUGGCCACGGAAAAAAUCAAAAGCGACGGCCGCCGCCCGUCCCAGCAGACCCUCACAAUAGCGAUGACUCGAAUUCUAACUGGAGACCCACGAAAAAGAGUGAUUAUGAAAAACCGGAACCCUCUCGUCCUGAUGUAAUUAAAAGUAAAACUCGGAACGUGCCACGUCCUCCAAAACCGCCGGAAGAUGACUAUAUGGCGAUGGCCGACAAGGCCCAGGAAAGUGAUGAUGAAGAAGAUUACGAAAAACCUGAUCCAGCCGAGAUACCACCAAUUGAAAGGUUACCCCCAGCACCAAGAGAACCUAAAGGUGGAUUAAAAUCGAAAGGGGUUCCUGUGUUUCCACCUCAAACAACUGAAUCUGGCAAAAAGCUUCCAGCAGGAGCAGUUCCUGUAAUAGGUGUUAGGCCUGACUUUGCUGACUCACCUAACACAAAGCACUCAUCGAGAGAUGAAAGUGCCCCUCCACCUGUUCCAUCGUCACAAGGCCGUCACAGGGGUUCUCAAGACGAAAACACACCACCUCCUGUGCCAACAUCAAAGACCCCACACAAAGCCACUCCAAUCAACGAGGGCAGGUCAUUACCCCCACCUCCCAAAGAUCAUAGAGGGACAAAUGGUGUACCCAAUAGCACAAACAAAAGGCAGGGAAGAGGUUCUGUUAUUGAUCGAAAACCUCCACCAAUUCCUGGUGAGGAGGAUGACAUUUCUCAGCAGGAUUGGUACCAAAAUGUAAAUAGAGCAGAGGCAGAUGAAGUACUGAAGAAUUUUGGAAAGAAUGGAACAUUUUUAAUAAGACCCAGUACAAAAGCGGGACAGCCAUACACAUUACAAAUCUACAAUGACGGUAAGGUGUAUAACCUUCCAAUACGUCAAAGGUCAGAUUCAACCUUUGCUUUGGGGAGAGAAAAGAGAGCAGAAGAGACAUUCAAAACAGUGUUGGAUUUGGUGGACUUUUUCAGAAAACACACAUUAAUUUUGGCUGCUGGUGGAUCUGGCCAAACAAGACUUAAGCAUAGCUGCCCAAGAAUUUAGAAAAUUUUAUGCCAGAGUACUUGAUAUAUUUAUUUACCUUUAAUCAGCAUACAUGUUCACAGGCAAAUAUUUUGUUUUCAAACUUGUCUUGAACAAAAUUGUAUACAUUAGGCAUCAACGUAAACAUGUGUGAGGAUAAGUGUGAGAGAGAAAACUAAGACUGUGAUGCAUUGUUCAAUUUAGAUAUGUCUUAAUUUAUUCUGGAAUAGUCCAACUAAAUUGGAUUAUUUCAAGGACCAAUUCCAUUUUGUACACAGUGUUUUAAGUGUUCUCUGUGAGAAAACGUUUGAAAACAAACUUGAUGUACUCUUUCAUUUACAGAUAAUGUAAAAAAUAUCCUUAUUUUUUGUUAUAAAAUUUAUGUAAAGGCAGUCUAUGUUGAUUUAAUCUAUAGUGGUAGAAAAAAAAGUAUUGAGUGUGAGUGUUUGUAUUUUGUUUUAUGCUUAAGUGCUGAAAACGUUUUAAGUCUAUAAAAUGAGGAUGUAAAAUUGUUGCAUUUAAUGCUAUCAUUGUUGUGCUUGUAAUAUAUAAACAAAAAAAUGAGUUGAAGGGAUGAUCUGUGAUUCAAGAGUUUGCAGGUGUUUAGGGUCCUUCAGCAUGUAACAGGAUAAAUGAUAAUAAAUAAUAAUGGAUUUUUUUUUUCAAAAUGCUUUCCCUCCAGCAGUUUUGCUUGCUCUCAUUCAAUUUGAACUAAAUGAAAAACUACUUGAAAAUAUAUAAUUCUGGUUAUUUUUUUUCUCAUUGUUUUAAGGGUGUUGCUGCUGCUUCUGAAAAUGCUAUUGUAAAACUCCUGUAUUUCAUGAUGCAACUCUUCGUAAUUUUUUCCAAAUGAUUUCCAAGUGGACUAUAUUAGGUUACAUAAUUUUUAGUUUCAGUCAAUUCUGUCGCUUUUUUUAACCUCAAAAUAGAAUCAAAUACUGAAAUAUUUUAAAAUGUUAAUUUUUUCUUCAGUUUUUGUCUGAUUUGAUAUAAAUAAAUGAACACUUGAUCAAAGCACACACAUCCCUUUCUAGACUAUACUGGAUUGAGCAGUAUCUUAUGUUACUUCCUUUGGAAAUAAUACAAUUUUAUUUUCUGAAUUGUCCCAAACUCUGCAUAAAUGUAUGUAUCAGCAUGUUUUAUUAUUUUAUAUACUUCUUUUUAAUUUUCAUGAAAGGUUUAGCUUUUAAUAAAUGAAAAAUAGAAAAUAUCCUGAAAUGUAAGGUAUGAUUAAGAAUAAUUACUUUGGCAUGAAGGAUUUUUUUGUUCGUUUCAAAGGAAGUGCUUGAUGCUCUUGAAGUAAGAACAACAGUAAAAUUGAUUUAAUACUAAAAAACUAGUAUUCUUUUAAGUCCAAAACCAGAAAGACGUUGUAAUUUUAAAUACUUUUAUUAAUGAUAAAUUUUAGUUCUAUUAUCUUGUAAUACAAUAAUUUUAUUUUUUUUUACUUGUUUCAAAAUAUGAUGUUUAAUGAAGCCCUGCAUGGGCAAACUUGUUAGAUGUUCAGAUAGCUCUGUAAAAACUUAAGAAAUGACCAACACAAAUAUUUCUUACAGUUUAUAUGCUGAUAUUUUUGCAUGCAUACACACAAGUCCUUUGUUAACAGAUUUUGAUGUGUUUUCAAUAUUUGUCUAGAUUUUUUGAUGAUAUUUUAUUGACUUUUGAGUCAUUGUCUCUGCAUUAAAUAUGCCUGAUAAUCAUUAAUAUAUAUGAAUAUAUUAAACAAU